AACUGAUCGGUCGAUCCUUAUCCCCCUUUUGAAACCGUUCUUCGAGCGCCGACCCCCAUUUCCCUGCCGCCUUUUCUUCCCACGAGCUUUUUAAGGCGAUGACAGCCCGUUGCCCGCUCUGAAGAGCCCGCAAGGCCAUCAUGUUGAGGCAACACUUUUCGUACGAGCUGGUUCGCUACACGCAGGCCCCUCCCGCCUUGCUUCCCAAACAAGCGGAGGAGAGCAGGCCGGACUUCGCGGCGGAGCAGCUCCAGACGCGACCCGGGACUGGGACCAGCCGGGCGGGCGGUGGCAAGAGCGAGCAGCAACAGCUGCGGAGAAAGAUCAACAGCCGCGAACGGAAGCGGAUGCAGGACCUCAACUUGGCCAUGGACGCGCUGCGAGAGGUGAUCCUGCCUUAUUCGACGGCUCAUUGCCAGAGCUCGCCGGGGCGGAAGCUCUCCAAGAUCGCCACGCUGCUCUUGGCUCGGAAUUACAUUCUUUUGUUGGGCAGCUCCUUGCAAGAGCUCCGGAGAAUCAUAGGGGAGAUUAGCGGCUCCUCGGGUCCCAGGCUGCUGCUGGCUGGACUGCCUCUCUUCGCCGCCGCCGUCGCCCCGGGCCCGGUGCUGCUAACGCCGAGCCCGGUCAGUCACCAUCACCUGCACCACCACCACCACCACCCGGAGAGGCUGCGACCGGCCAACAAAUACCUCUCGGCGGCCCUGGAGGAGCAGCAGUGCGGCCAAGGGCGCGUACCCGAUGGGGCGACCCUUUGCUCCUGCGCCGCUUGCAAAUUCCCUCACUUGUUUCCUUCCGCCUUCGGGGUGGCCGCUGUGCAGGCGCAGUUUUCCAAAUGA